UCCUUACCCCCAAACGGUUUAAACUAUACGUGUGGCGACGUUGAUAACGUAACACGCUGCGCCGCUCCUCCGAUUGCCUUAAUCCCCUUUUCCCUCUUAACUUUUCUCCACCUACCGUGGCCGCUGACAAAAAGCGCACGCGGCCCUGUGGACGUUUUGAGGCCGGACGCUCAUCGCUCGUGCGUUUCGUGCGAAGGAGUUGUCUCUCGACGAACGUUGAGGAUGCCGGCACCGCCAAGUUGGAACGAGACGUGGGCCUUUAAUGGCGAGUCUGUGUUCACGCAGCGGGAGCACAACAUCGUGGCGGCAUACCUCGUCACCGCCGGCAUCAUCAGCAUCGUCAGCAACGUGGUGGUCAUGGGCAUGUUCGCACGGUUCCGCGUGCUCCGCACGCACACGAACUACAUCAUCAUGAACCUGGCGGUCACCGACAUCGGCGUGAGCUCCGUCGGGUACCCGCUGUCCGCCGCGUCAGACCUCCACGGAUCCUGGCGCUUUGGCUGGACCGGCUGCCAGGUAUACGCAGCUCUGAACAUCUUCUUCGGGAUGGCAAGUAUUGGGCUUCUCACAGUCGUGGCAGUGGAUCGAUACUUGGUCGUCUGCAGCAAGAACCCAGUCGAGGGCCGCAGCUACACGAACCUCAUGGCGCUGGCGUGGGCCAACGCCGCCUUCUGGGCCGGUGCGCCGCUCCUCGGCUGGGCCGGGUACGCGCCCGACCCCACGGGGGCCACGUGCACCGUCAACUGGAGGCGCAACGACACCUCGUUCGUGUCGUACACGAUGGCGGUGAUCGCGGUGAACUUUGUGCUGCCGCUGGGGGCGAUUUCGUGGUGCUACCGCAAGGUGAUCCUCGCCCUGCGGCACGGGCAGAAGACCUCCUCGCUCGACUGGGCUGAUCAGAGCGCUGUCACCAAGAUGUCUCUGGCGAUGAUCGGCGCCUUCGUCACUGCGUGGUCGCCCUACGCCGUCGUGUGCCUCUGGGCCUCGUUCGGGGAACCUCGUGACAUCCCGCCGGCCGUGGCCAUCAUCGCGCCCCUCUUCGCAAAGUCGUCCACCUUCUACAACCCGCUCAUCUACGUGGCCACCAACAGGCGGUUCCGUAAAGCCAUGGCGUCGCUUCUCCGCUGUCAGAACUAUCAAGAGUUCACUCUGCGGGAAGCCACUGGCGUCAAGACGGUAUCGUGAGCACGCGCCCAGGCGGGGAGAGAGAGACACAUUGACGCCAACGCUCACCGACGCCGCCGCCGCCGCCUCU